AUGUCUUUUUCAGAUAUUCCUCAGGGCACUCGAGUAUGGUGUUACUACACAAACUGGGCACAGUACCGACCCGGUGACAUGAAAUACACUGUUAAGGACAUGGAUAUUUCCCUGUGUACACAUGCAGCCUUUGCUUUUGCAGUCAUGUCGAAGCAAAAUACUAUAAAAGCCUAUGAAUGGAAUGACGAGGACACUGCUUUCAGAAAAGGAAUGUAUUCCAAAUUCACUUCUCUUAAAAAUCAGUACCCGAACCUCAAAACGUAUUUGUCUGUUGGUGGGUGGAAUUUUGGAGCGGCACCCUUCACCUGGAUGGCCAGUUCAAGCAGCAACCGAACAGCGUUCAUCAAAUCCACAAUACCAUUCUUACACAAAGGUUCUCUUCUUGGUGACCAAACUCCCUUCUUUCUUCAUUUAUUUUCCUCCCGUUCGCCUGGAAAUUACACCUUUCUUUUACGGCCGCUAAAAGGUGAAAAUUUACUUAAACACGCGCUAAAACACUUUUUGAAAACGCACGUGUUUGCUCCUUCUUCUCAAACGGCUUUAGCUCCAAACUCCACUUAUGGACUUAAUUUCAACUUUACUUUCUGGGGCUUCUUCGAGAGGACUUUCUCUGAAGGAGAAAUUUGCCCUCAGCAACUUUGUUUCCCAUGCAUCCUUCACUUAUGGGCAAACGCUGCCUGCCUUUUCAGCAGGGAAAGAGAAAACGAACCUCUUCUUUCUAAGCUGUCUCGUUUCCAACUGCUUUUAAGGUACAGUCCCAAUUCUCCCUUCCCUUUCAAAGCGGGGGGGGGCGGUUCACCUUUGAACCGUCCAAUCACAGUCCAUUAA